UAUAUCAUUUCUGGUUUGUCCGGGAUCCCAAUUUGUUAACGCACAUACGUACAUAUAUAUAGCGCUCACCACCAUAAUUCAUAAUUGACCACCAACCACCGCAAAAUCCGUAUCAAAUCACUGCACCACAGCACGCCAUUCUCCACCUCCAUGCCUUUCUGACGCCCACCACCUUCUAUUUUCCUGUACAUAUCUGAUAUAUAUUCUAUAAUUUUAUAAUAUAUAUCCUCGUUGGCUUAUAAUUGAUUACGUUUUUGCUUCCUAUCUCCAUGUGCGCUCUAUAAUUUUUAAUGCAUUUAUUUGUUACUCCUAUAUAAGUGUACAUCUUUUUUCAUUGUGAAGAAAUUAUGAUAAUUCGCUCAUUUCGAUUCAAAAUGGGUGCAAUUGGAAAAUGUUCUUCGAUUUAUCGGACUUCACCGGAAAUUGAUUUUCCGGAGCCCUCGUCGGGGAAAUUAGGGUUAAUAAAUUUACCGACAUGUAAUUUCAAUGGUAAAUCGUUUACCGAGGUAAAAACGAGCUUGGUAGCGCCUUUAAGAGCAAUCGAAGCUUCUAGAACGUCUCAAGUCAACGGAAAACUUGAAAAAAUUCAACGGUCAGGAUGUGAUUCCCACGACGAUUUGCCUACAAAUGAUUGCAAUGGUAAAGGUAUACCUCAGAUGUCUACAAUCGGGAAUUCGACAAACAUUGUCUGGCACAAGUGUACUGUAGAGAAAUGUGACAGAGAGGAGUUGCUUCAACAACGGGGUUGUGUUAUAUGGGUAACUGGCCUCAGUGGUUCAGGGAAGAGUAGUCUGGCAUGUGCUCUAAGUCGUGGCUUACAUGCUCGGGGAAAACUCACCUACAUCCUUGAUGGUGAUAAUCUUCGCCAUGGUCUGAAUCGUGAUCUUAGUUUCAGAGCAGAAGAUCGAGCAGAAAAUAUAAGACGGACUGGGGAGGUGGCAAAGCUUUUUGCGGAUGCUGGAGUUAUUUGCAUUGCCAGUUUGAUAUCUCCCUACAGGAAGGAGCGAGAUGCAUGUCGCGCUUUACUGGCAGAAGGGGAUUUCAUUGAGGUGUUCAUGGAUGUUCCUCUGCAUGUAUGUGAGGCAAGGGAUCCUAAGGGGUUGUACAAACUUGCUCGAGCUGGGAAAAUAAAAGGUUUUACCGGUAUUGAUGAUCCAUAUGAGCCACCCCUAACGUCUGAGAUAGUUUUACGUCAGAACCAAGGGCUAUGCGAUUCUCCUAAUGAUUUGGCCGAUACAGUGAUCUCAUACUUGGACAAAAAAGGGUACCUGAAAGCAUAAUUGCUCACUCCUCUACCUGAAAGCAUAAUUGCUCACUCCUCAUCUGCAGACAUGCAACUUCAAUCUACAUCCACCAUUUUCUAUUGCGUUGGUGAAAUAAAAUCUUAUCAUCAUUAGGAAAUUGCAGCCUUCUUUCGUGUAUAAGUUGAUUGUAAUUUAUGCAAAAUGAGUUAAAUUUCGCUUAACUUGUCUAUCAAUCAUGUUCGCUGGGCCACAGUACGGCUUUUUAUCGUCAUCAACGGGCAUACCAUGGUUACCAUGCUCUUGCUAUGUUUGUUGUCUAUAAGGAAGGCCAUGUUUCACACAGUGGGUUUACGUUGGAUCCGUCCAAGUACUGAAUGCUAAGGUUGGUUCAGGAGUGGUAGGCGCCAGCAUAGGUUAAGAUCUGAUUGGAAAAGGAUGCAUUACAUCCUUGUGUAAAGAACACCUUAUGCCAUUUGAUUCAAUUGUUCUAUUAUAUGUCUUGAAUGUGCCAAUGUUAUUCAGUUCUAUAA